AUGGCAGUGCUGUCAGACGCCGCCACAGGCACCACCAUUCUGCUGGCGCUGCCCAUGGGGGAACAGAAGGACGCCAGCAGCACGGGAGUGGGAGAUGGGAGUGGUGAGGAAGCUGGCAAGUCAGCACAGGCUGGUGAGGAGGAGUGUGUGGAGCAAGAAAGCGAAUCGCAGGGAGGCACGGAGGGGCCAGCCAGUACUACCGCGGCUCUCCCUCAAUCUCUCCCUCACUCUCUCCCUCACGCUGCUGCCGCUUCGCAACCAACUUCGCCGCCACAACAAGCAGCAGCGACGCAGCCAGCCUCGCCGCUGGUGCGGGCACGCACGUUCCCAGAAGUGGAGUUGGAGAGGGCCGUGGGGGAGGCGGAGCGGGUGGUGCGGGGGGUGGUGGCGGGGCGGGGGGUGGCGGUGGUGGAUGACAAUGCGGUGAACCGCAUGGUGGCGCGCAGAACGCUGCAGGGCUACGGGGCGCACGUGCUGCUGCUGCCCUCCGGGGAGGACGCGCUGCAAGCGCUCUCCUCUGCCGCGCCCUCCCCGCCCAUCCACCUGCUGCUCCUCGACCUCCACAUGCCGCCCGGCAUCGACGGAUUUGAAACGGCUCGUCGAGUGCGUGCUUUGGAAAAUGCACAGCAGAUGAAAGUGGAAACGAAUGCAGCAGAGAUAUGUGAAGUAGCCGAUACGAGGGUAGAUGAUGCAUCAAAACAGCGGCUUUGCAUCAUAGCAUUGACUGCGGACUUGGAUGCAGGGAUCAAGAGAGCAUGCUUAGAGGUGGGGAUGGAUGGAGCAGUGAGCAAGCCGAUAGUGGCUCAGGAGCUUGCUGCAGCGCUCUCAGCUGCAGGGUUAGUACAUAUUUUGUAG